UGCUGUUGUUGUUCUCGAGCUCUGACUGUGAUCAUGAUGUCAUUGGCUAGAUCAAGUCCGUCCUCCGCGGCUCCCGCGACAAAAACAACGACUGGACAUGACAACAGCACGGUGACAGCAUAACAGAGGACCCGUGCAGACACUUAAACGUAUAAACAUAGCAACCCAAACCCAAAAGAUGGGUUUUAUUUCACAUUCGCUCUGUAUCAACGGCGGCAGCCUCGCACGAGGUCUGUCUUCUGCUGUUCUGCCCUGAGCGGCUCCAGGCUAAAGCUAGCUAGCGUUACAUACAUCCAGAUCGUUAUUAAAGCACGGGGCUUAUUUUCAGCACUCUGUUAUACUAGAUUUUGUUGCUAUUUUUGCUGUCACGUUUUCCCAGACGCGUAAGUAUGGCUGGAGCGGAAGACGCGGCUGAAGGGAGCGGUUGCGCGGGGAGGCUGCGCUCUCGCGUCGGCCUCCGGAGCGGCUCGUGCUCCGGCGAGAGUCAAGAGCAGCUCCGCGCCGUGAAAGCAACGCUGCUGGAGCGGCUGGGACCCCACGAGCGCCUGCUCGCCUAUCUUCAGUCUGUGUUAUUGUGGGAGAGGCCCUUUCACAGCGUCCUGCUGUACACGGCCGCCAAUGUCGUGUUCUGGUUUUUUGCUCUGAGCUCUUUGAGGUUGCUUUUUCUGCUGGCAUCAGGUCUGGCCCUGGCUGUUUGUGUCGACACUUGGAGGAAUAAGAUCUGGCCUAAGAUCAGAGUUAAAAGGCAAGAUGAGAGCGAGAAUGAAAGCUGGGGUCUGGUGCAGCCUGGGUCUUUGAGUGUGCCUGAAUUAUGCCACCACCUGGCUGAAGUUUGGGUUAUGGGCUCUUCCUGUGCAACAGAUAUUGUGCAGUUCAAACAGAAAAAUCCAGGCAAGUUUUGUAUGCUGGUUUGUGGCCUGUUCACGUCAGUGGCCAUGGUGGGGCGCUACAUCCCUGGACUGGUGCUGUCAUACAUGGCUUUGCUGGGUGUGUUGCUGUGCCCAUUGGCUCUGUAUUAUCGGCUGUGGCAGCGUGCAUGUGUGAAGCUGGAGCCGGCCCUGCAGUGGCUGGACUUCAGCGCCAAAGGAUAUAUGAUGUCAAAGCCUAUAGACAACCAGUUUCUUCGUAAGCCCUUCAGAAGCGGGACCUCAGAUGACGCAAGUGACAGCGAAGAAGAACUGGCUGCAUUCUGCCCAACGUUUGAUGAAGCAGCAGUUGCUAAGGAGCUGGCACUGACUGACUCCGAGCACUCGGAUGCUGAGGUGUCAUACAUGGAUAACGGCACCUUUAACCUCUCCAGGGGUCAAACACCCCUCACAGAGGGCUCAGAGGAUCUAGACAGACACAGUGAUCCAGAAGAAUCAUUUGCCUGUGGGCUUCCAGACUUCCCCUCCAUCAACCCAGAUGCCACCCUGAUGGAGGAUGAUGAUGAUGUCAGCAUCGGGCUGCCCAGUCUCAACUCAGCUGCGCCCUCUGGCCCUCGCGGCUCUACCUCUGCCCUGCUGGACCUGGACACCCAGAUGGACUCUGAUCAGGAAGACCUCGACCCCGAGAUCUCCCUCGGCUCCCUAAAUACUACCUCUGACCUCACUAGUAACCUUGCAGGGGUCAUCGCCAGCAACAUGAUCCAGGCAGCCAUCGCAGGAGCCAUGCAGCCCCGCCCACCGCAAGGCCCUCGGAGAGAGAGCGGCCCACGGGCAGGAGCCGCUCCAAGGGGAUACAGGAAGCAGUCGAGCUCGGAGUUAGACACAGACCUGGACUUUGAUGGUGAGGACUUUGAGAUGUUGGAUCAGUCCGAGCUGAACCAGUUGGAUCCCUUUGGAGGUGGGCAGGGGGGCCAAAACAGAACCCAGGGAUCCAGUUUCCUGUCCAACUUGCUGGGGAAGCCACAGUGAGCCCAUCUUGCAGAUACUCCCUCCGUCUGUCAGCUCCUCGUGCUCCUCGUGCCCCUCGCACCUUGUUUCGAGUAGAAGUUUGCAGUGUUGGUUUGAAUGUCUUCUGAGAUGCUUUUGAUUUAUCUGAGUGACUGCGACGGAGAGAGAGUGUGUUUGUUUUGCACUGUUAAUGUCAUAUUAGAUUCACCUGCCAGGUUUCCUCUGCUGGCUGCAGUUGAUAUCACUGUGAAGUAAUCUUGUUUGUAUUCUGAAUCUUCUCUGUUUCUGCUCGGUGAGCUUCCGUGUCCUCUCUCAUUAGUGUGUGUGAAAGACUCCGAUUUACUUUGUAGGCUAAGCAAUAGGACAAAAAUCAUAGAAACAUUUAAAAAGAUCCAAAAUCUCUUUAACUUCUUAGAAACCAGCAAAACGAAUACCAGAUCUUUUAACCACACCCAAGUCUUAUAGAUCUUUCACAUCAAUGGCUGUAUUGUUUGUGUCUUCAAUAAUAACACACGGGACCAAAUCGGACAUUCCAUCAUCAAUGCAAAGUCAAGACCCUUAAGGUAUACAGAUAUGAAGACGCCUGUAAUAAAGAAAUAUACAGUCAAGAUGUCGCUGAGCAGAGGAGUCUGAUGAAGUAGCAGUGACAUAUUAAGGCCGCAGCCUCUUCUCUUGUUUUUAAAGUGGUAUUUCAACAAAAAAAAUCUAAAUUCUGUCACCAUUUAUUCACACUUAUGCCAUUUCUAAACCAUGUAUGACAUUCCUUCUUCUGUAGAACAUACAAGAAGUUAUUUUGAGAUGGAAGUCAGUGGAAACAAAAACUGUUCCGAUUCCAACAUUCCACAGAAGAAAACAAGUCUGAAGGGUUUGGAACAACAAGAGGGCUGAGUAAAUGAUUGGCAUAAUUUUCUUUUUUGGGUGGCCUAUCACUUUAAGACUCUGAGACAUGAACUUUUCUUAAGGUCACUGAGUGAUAAACAGCAGGCAGGUUCUCAUUUUGCCAUAUAGGGGUGAAUUCAGGUAAAUUGGGAUGCUUUUUGUCAUUGAAACGACUGGGGAAAAUGUCCCAAAUAACUUGAAUUCACCUUGUUUGCACCUGUUUUCCCCCCAUUUGUUUAUUUUUUUAUGUGGUAACUGCACAUCAUUUUUCAUCAUGUCUAUCUGAUGGCGAUGAAAAUUUCUUAAAUCAGGAGUAAUAUAAUAAAAUGUAUUAAUUGUAUAUCAUUGCCCAGCAAUUUUAAUCUCAGCAAGAUUUUGAAAAAAAUUAGUAGUCAAAACAUUUCUUUCACAAUGAUAUUUACAUUUAAGUUCAUACAGGCUGGAUUUUUUUCUGCAUUACUUGAAAACCACGUUAAUAAAUCACAGUAGCUCUUUCCUAAAUUUUGAAAGACCUCUGUUGUAAAAAUAGGGAAAAUUACAGUAUAUUGUCUUUCAAAUGGCUGUUCUUUGUCUGUUCAUCAUUCAAAAAAAAAAAAAAAAAAUAGAAAUCAAACAAUUCCAACUUGUUUAACAGCUCAGCAAUGCUGUUCAUCUGGAUAAUAUGGCAGUACAUUAAAUUUGUUUGUAAUGACUCUACCUCAAACAAGACGUUUGGCUGUAACGGCCACCUCUUUGUGGCAGUUACAGCACCGCCUCCUCUCUUCAAACACGUCUUUAACCGUUCUGACUUUAUGCGGGAACUUUUAUACAGGUAGCAGCAGAAAAACAAUAGCUCUCUGCAUCCUCUCUUUUCAUCUGGUCUGGUCUGGUAUGAGAUUUAGGGCAAAGUCUUACAUUCAGUACAGUACUAAAGCACAGAGGAUUCCUUUCUUCCUUUCUUGUGGUAUGAUGAAGCUGGUGGAAUUAAAUGAGUUGAAUUUGCUGUUUUAUUUGCUGUUUCUUUAAUAGAUGCUGAGCAUUAUUUGUGUUACUGCACUUUUCCCAAGUGAACUGUUUCUGUUUCUGACCUAAUGCUAAUGAGACCAUCAUUGCUGGCUUUAAGCUUUCAUUAUUGUGUAAGCUGGAAAGUAGGAAACGUACCGGAAAACUGCUGUAGCGAUAAAAGGCAUUCUGUUACCAGAGACCAGUGAAGUGUUUUCUAUUUUCCAAGCAUACGUUGGUUUUCUCAUUUUAAUUUAAGGCAAUGGAGCGUUUAGGAAUUAUAAGGAAGCAUCUUAUCUUUCUCAUGUGUAUUCACAGUCUGACACUUCCUGCUAUUCCAGUUUAUUACAUUUCAAACCCAAGUCUUACUUUAUCCAGCCAACUUGAGUUAGGUUAGAAGAGCAGUACUGUUUAUUGGAGUGAUUUUACCACUUUUCUGUGAUUUUAUUCAAUCUCUUUUUUUUUUUUUUUUUUUGGUUAUGAGCCCUAAUUACUGAAUUGCUGAUGAUAUUUUUUGGAUUGCUGUGUUAAAAAAAGAUUUAUUAUUAUGAUUAUUAUUAUUAUUUAGGUGUUAUAUGUGACAUUGAAGUGUAAUGCAAAAUAGGUUCAUAGAUUGGAAAGCCUUUUAUUUCCCCUCCUUUUUACUUUCAUGUUUAUAGUUAAUACUAUUAUUAAUACUUAACUGUUUAUAUGGACACACUCUUUUAUGAAUAUUGAUUCAUUUGGUUUGCUAGAUUAUCCAGUGGAAAAAAGCAUGACAAGAUUUUUGUUUGUAAGUGUGUCGGUGUGAUUACUAUUCAGUGCAAAAAUUCUUUGGCCGUUUUAGCCAUUCAUCUUUUUGUGGUCAAUUUCAACAAAAAUCACCAGCAAUUCAAAUGGGACAAUGCAGUGGUGGUUUAUAUAUUGGAAGAAAAUUAUACCCAGCGUCAUCUAUGGAUGUUGUAUUGAUGUUAGUGAUUUAAAACAUAAAUCAGUUAACAGUCUACCAUGUUGAGGCAAAUGCAAAAUACAGAAUCACUCGUCUUUUCUUUAUUUGUGCGAGCAUUUUACAGGAGUCUUUCUGUAGCUGGAUUCUGGAGUGAUUUUUAUUUCUGUACAGAACUAUUUCACUCUUUCAUUCUCUGUAAUUGGUUUUUGAUAACUUUUGAUGUGCAAGACAAUAAAGAGAUGAAUGAAUAUA